CUUCCAACCAACAGACCAUACAGUGAACUGCAGUGAACAGAACUUUAUACGGCUGAGAGGUUGUUUCUUCCCUAGCCUGUUUUUUCUGAAUAAUGACCAUUACACUUUACACUACUGAGAUGAAUGAAAGUAUGUCAUCAGAAGAAAAGAAUGUUUCUAUUAACGCUAUUGACAUAUCUGAUUGUGACAACAAUAGUGAGGUAUUACACCUUAAAACCUCUUCUUUAGAAGAUCAACCUAAAGUAGCUCAACCUAAGAUGGAUCAAUUUAAGGAAGAUCAAUCGAAGAUACAUCAACCUGAGGAAGAUCAAUCUGAAAUGGAUCAACCUAAGCAAGAUCAACUCGAAGAAAAUCAACCUAAGGAAGAUCAAUCAAAUGAUGAUCAAUCAAAGAAGGAUCAACCUAAAGAAGAAUGGUUAGAUAUAAUUGGCAAUGGUCAGUUGAUGAAGAAAGUUAUAAAGAAAGGCAAAAAAGAUGUAAAACCAAUACGACAGGAUAUAUGUACAAUAAAAUUUACUGGUAUGCUUGAUGACGGCACAGUAGUAGAAGAUUAUGAUGAUUUUUCCAUACAAUUAGGAGACUUUGAUGUAAUACAGGGAUUAGAUCUAACGAUUUCAUUGAUGGAAUUGGAUGAAAUUGCUGAAAUAAAAAUCGAUCCUAGAUUUGCUUAUGGCACACGUGGAGAAGGAGCUGUGCCACCAAAUGCUACUAUUACAUACAUAGUUGAAUUGAAAGCAAUAGAGGAUGGUUCUGAUAUAGAAAGUUUAAGUGUCAAAGAAAGGAGAGAACUAGGUAACAAGAAACGCCAACGUGGAAAUUGGUGGUUUAUUCGCAAGGAGCUCACUUUUUCGAUACAAUGUUAUCGGACUGCGUUGUCAUAUCUACAAAUAGACAAUACAAAUUGGAAUAAAGAAAAUGAAGAAACAGGGCCGAUUACUGAUAGUCAACUGCAGGAACUGUUGGAAGAUUGCAUAAAGGUGUAUAACAAUUUAGCGGCUGCAUUAAUUGAGACGGGAGCCUACAACACAGCUUUAGAAAAUGUAGACAGAGUUCUGAAGUAUCAACCAAAAAAUACGAAAGCUCUAUUUAGAAAAGGAAGAAUAUUGAAAGCCAAAGGGGAAUAUGCAAAGGCUUAUAUAGCUUUCCUUGAAGUACAAAAGAUAGAUCCAGAUAUGAAAUCGUUACAGACAGAAUUAAUAACUUUAAAAGAAAAAAUUUCAAAAGAAACUGAGAAAGAAAAGUAUCUGUAUGCUAAAAUGUUAGGUAUAAAUAAAGAGGCUGAUAAGCCAUCAAAGAAUGUAAAAGGAGAAGAAAGAAGUAAAAUUGCUAAAGGAAUUCUAUGGACUGCGAUUGGAGCAUCUGCUGCUAUCAUCGGUAUACUUGUACACAGAUUUGUUUCAUGAAGAAAAAAGGAAAUAGAUAAAGACAAGCCAGAGUUAAUGAGGUG